AUGGAGACCGCCGGCCUAGUCAUCGGAGUUGUCGGGCUCGCCGGACUUUUCAACUCUUGCCUAGAGGCCCUCGAUAAACUGCAAUCUUACCGGACCUUCGGAAAUGACUCUCACAUCCUAGAUACGCGAUUCAAUGCCACCAAAGCCCGCUUCGAGCGAUGGGGUCCAGGCGUGGGCAUCGAGCGGGGCCAACUGAUGCACCCCCAUCACCCAGCUUUGGACGACAAAGUCUCUUCAGAUGCGGUAGCCAAGUUGUUACAUGUCAUUGUCGAGGCGAUUUGCAAUCCCGGUAAUGUAGCCUCCCACCGUGCUCGGGGCGUGGGCUUUGACAGCGAUGGCUCAUUGGAAGGGGGCCGACACACGCUUCGUAAUGUCACGCACGAGUCGAGAAAAAAGAAAGUGGCAUGGGCGUUGUGGGGGAAGGGAAAGCGUUCAGAGCAGGUCGAGAUAUUCGAAACCCUGGUCCAGCAACUUCACAAUCUGGUCCCCCCCAGUACGGGGAACGAUCCAUGGUCAGUACCGAAGCGAGACGUUCCUAGCACCAAUACACUCACUAAAGGGGCCAAUCUAAUCCACGGAUGGUCUGAUGAGAUGCGUCGCAUCUUGAAACGACUUGAAGAGAAUGCCAGAGCCGAAACACGACGUCAAGUUCACGCCUGGCUCAGUAGUUGCCCGCCUGACGAGCGCUACCACGACUCUCUUCACAAGAGACUCCCGGGUACCUGCAAGUGGAUUCUCGAUCGCACUGUGUUUAUUCGCUGGCUCGUCGAGUCCGUAAGCCCAAAACUCCUAUGGGUCAAUGGGCACGCGGGGUUUGGAAAGACGAUCCUCUGUGCCCAUCUUGCCGACCAUCUUGCUUCUACUUUAGGCGCGCCUGUUGCCCAUUUCUUCUUUUCCUCAGAUCAUGCAAGCCGCGAAGACCCUUUCUUAGCCCUGCGAUCAUGGGUAUCUCAGAUCAUAUCGCAGAAUGAUGAUGCAUUCGAACACGCCUGGCAGAGUUGGCUCUCUGAUGCGGAUCUUUUGGCAAAUCGCGUGACCGUCAUGAACCUCUUUAAGCAGGUCGUACACGACAUUCCUGGAUGUACGUUAAUUGCAGACGGCCUCGACGAAUGUACCCAUACAAACAACAAUGGCUGGCCAAUCGCAAGGUUUCUUCGCAAUGUCAUAGACGCCGUUGCUGGGACCGGAACACGAGUCCUCUUUGUUAGUCGUGACGAGCCCGGUAUCCGGGACGUGCUUAUGAAUGAUGCACACGUAACCUUUGAUGAGUAUAGGAUAAUGCCCGAAGAUGUCCUACCAGAUACCAAUGCCUAUGCCCAUGCCAUCGUCAAUAGAAAGCUUUCCAACAAGAGUGACGAUGUCCGCUCAACCCUUUCUGAAGCGAUGUCUGAUCGCUGCCAAGGUCAAUUCCUCUGGCUUAAGAUGCAGGAGGAAUGUCUCAGGGGUGGGAUGAAUAAGAAACAACUUCGACAGGCUAUCGAAAAAACACCAACUGGUCUUAACAGCCUAUAUGACCACAAUUGGACAAGAAUCGCCAAUUUGGGAGAAGAGGCAAGGCACCGAGCUUUUGCCCUCCUACGUUGGGCGGCUUUUUCCUUUCGACCGCUGACCGUCUUCGAGAUUACCGAUGCUGUCUUAAUUCUCACGUCUGGAGACUUAAUGCCGGACGAUUUCCCUGACGCUGUAGACGACGAGUAUAUCAAAAGCGAAAUAAUAGGCCUCUGCAGCCCUCUUUUGGAGGUUACGAAUAGAAACACCGAGUCUACUCCAGGUCGCCGAACGGUGCAGCUGUCACAUUUCUCUGUCCAUCAGUAUCUUCUCUGGAAACUCCCAUCCCCAAGUUGGAUAUACCAAGAGAAUAUGCUGCAAAUUUCCCAAGAGAAGAUCCAGAAUACGCUGCUUGCUAAGGCUUGUGUGCAAUACCUUCGCUUACCGCAGAUUUGGAAAAAGACUCCGGAUGACUCUCUUUCCAUUGGCGUCUCGUUGCGAGACUAUGCAGCAACAACCCUGCAUCAACACAUCAACUCCGGAUUGAAUGAUAACAAAGAACUGAUGAGCCUUUUGGUGCAAUUCUUCAACAAGGAAAAUCCUGUUUGGAAUACUUGGCGUGCAUUCAUAGAGAACAAAAACCGAACAAACGCAGAGGCUGAAACGUUACCUCCAAGCCCACUGUAUUAUGCGGUGAAGAUGAAGUUGGAAGGUUUAGCAAAAGCACUUAUUUUUGAACAGAAUGUGAACGAGCCCAGUAGCCUGGGAAGAACACCACUUGGCAUCGCUUGUGCGAAGGGGUUCAACGAUCUUGUUGCUCUACUUCUCUCAGAGGGCGCUGACUUUUGUACCGCAUAUAAGAAACAGACACCACUGUUUGCAGCGUCAAGUAACGGACAUACCAGGGUGGUUGAGCUGCUGUUGAAUGCUGGCGCGGAUGAGACAAUCGGCGACGAGAACGGUCGCACCCCGCUCUAUAUUGCAUCCUGUAAUGGGUAUAUCGGGGUUGUUGAACUAUUUCUUCACAGAGAGGGCGAUUUAACCACUCAAGACAACGAUGGUUGGACACUAUUGCUUGUGGCAUCAGAUAAUGGACAUGCAGAAGUUGUCAAGAUGCUGCUGGAGAAGGGUGCUGACUUCACGACGCAAAACAAUCAUGGUUGGACACCACUGAAUGCGGCAUCAAAUAAUGGACAUGCAGAAGUUGUCAAGAUGCUGCUGGAGACGGGUGCUGACUUCACGACUCAAAACAAUCAUGGUUGGACACCACUGAAUACGGCAUCGGAUAGCGGACAUGUACAAAUUGUCAAGAUGCUUCUAGAAAAAGGCGCUGACCUCACGACUCAAAACAAUCAUGGUUGGACACCGCUGAAUGCGGCAUCCGAUAGUGGGCAUGCAGAAGUUGUCAAGAUGCUGCUGGAGAAGGGUGCUGACUUCACGACUCAAAACAAUGAUGGUUGGACACCACUGAAUGUGGCAUCAAAUAAUGGACAUGCAGCAGUUGUCAAGAUGCUGCUGGAGAAGGGUGCUGACUUCACGACUCAAAACAAUGAUGGUUGGACACCACUGAAUGUGGCAUCAAGCAAAGGACAUGCAGAAGUUGUCAAGAUGCUGCUGGAGAAGGGUGCUGACUUCAUGACCCACAACAGCAAUGGCUGGACACCAAUGCAUGUGGCAUCAGAUAAUGGACAUGCAGAAGUUGUCAAGAUGCUACUGGAGAAGGGUGCUGACCUCACGACUCAAAACAAUGAUGGUUGGACACCACUGAAUAUGGCAUCAAGUAAAGGACAUGCAGAAGUUGUCAAGAUGCUGCUGGAGAAGGGUGCUGACCUCACGACUCAAAACAAUGAUGGUUGGACACCACUAAAUGUAGCAUCAAGUAAUGGACAUGCAGAAGUUGUCAAGAUGCUGCUGGAGAAGGGUGCUGACCUCACGACUCAAAACAAUGAUGGUUGGACACCACUGAAUGUGGCAUCAAGUAAAGGACAUGCAGAAGUUGUCAAGAUGCUGCUGGAGAAGGGUGCUGACCUCACGACUCAAAACAAUGAUGGUUGGACACCGCUAAAUGUAGCAUCAAGUAAUGGACAUGCAGAGAUUGUCAAGAUGCUGCUGGAGAAGGGUGCUGACCUCACGACUCACAACAGCAAUGGCUGGACACCACUGCAUGUGGCAUCAAAUAAUGGACAUGCAGAAGUUGUCAAGAUGCUGCUGGAGAAGGGUGCUGACCUCACGACUCAAAACAAUGAUGGUUGGACACCACUGCAUGUGGCAUCAAAUAAUGGACAUGCAGAAGUUGUCAAGAUGCUGCUGGAUAAGGGUGCUGACCUCACGACUCAAAGUAAUGAUGAUUGGACACCAUUGCAUGUGGCAUCAGAUAGGGGACAUGUUGAUGUUGUUGAACUUCUGCUUAGGGCUCCGCACUUUAGCAAACCUGAGGCGGAUGCCCUUGGUCGCACAGCCUUGUUUCUGGCUUCUCGAAGUGGACAAGUGGACGUGGUGCAAUAUCUGCUAUCACUAAAACGUUUUGAUCCUGAUACCAAGAACUAUUACGGCUCCACGGCAUUAUCGACUGCCGUAGCUAAUGGGCACUAUAAAGUCGUGGAACUUCUCAUCGCUGCUGGUGUUUAUGCUCAGGAUCAGCUUCAUGUUGGGCGCAGCCUACUGUGGUGGGCGUCUCGCGCCGGUAAACCACAGAUGAUCAAGCUGUUGUCACACCCUAUGGAGCUGGGUGAAACUUUCUCCCAGGCUGAUAAAGCAGUCACGGCUUUUGAUACCACAGCUGCUUGGUGUGAUGCUUGCACAUUAAACGUCUCGAGCAGCUCUGGCUUUUAUUCCUGCCUAGAGUGUUAUGGUUUCGUUUUAUGUAGUGACUGCCAAGAGCGAGGUUUCCAAUGCCGUGAUCAAGCGCAUGCUUUGAUGGUCAACCUUAGCAAGAAAUCUUGA